AUAGCUUUGUGGGGUCCACUUCUAUCUCCCCAAAUAUCUUUCUAUAAAUGAAUAUUGGUGCGUGUGGCAGCAGCACGAGAGAGGCACAUGCACGCACUAACAGAAAGUCAAAAACAAAAAAGAAAAAAAAGGAGAAGCUAAGUAAGUAGCAGAGGAAACCAAAAAAAACAUGGCAGGAGGCGGAGGAGCGGCGGACCACCGGCGGAGAUACUGCCACAGGGAGGUUCUGCCGUUCUCAGUCAUGGUAGUGAUGGAGUGCACAAACGUCGGACUCAACACUCUCUUCAAAGUCGCCACCAACAGCGGCAUGAGCCGCCACGUGUUCCUCGUCUACGCCUACGGCGUCGCCGCCCUUGUCCUCCUCCCCUCCCCUUUCUUCUCCCGCCGAUCAAGGGUGCUGCCUCCGUUGACUUUCUCUGUACUGUGGAAGAUCUUUAUACUUGGAGUCGUUGGAUAUACAUCACAGAUAAUGGGGUACACCGGAAUCAAUUACGGUUCUCCGACGCUUGCUUCCGCCAUGAGCAACCUUGCUCCGGCGUUCACUUUUGUGCUUGCCGUCAUUUUCAGGAUGGAAAAGGUAGCACUAUCAAGUACAAGCAGCCGAGCUAAAAUCAUCGGCACCAUUGUCUCAAUAUCGGGAGCUUUCGUAGUAACAUUUUACAAAGGCCCAAGCGUGACCGCCCCUCCAAUUUCGUUGCAUCAAUCACUUCAAUAUUCACCAUCUCAAUCAAAUUGGAUGAUUGGCAGUUUAUUCCUCUCCGUCGAAUAUUUUUUGGUCCCCGUUUGGUACAUUAUUCAGACACAUAUUAUGAAGGAAUACCCUGCAGAAUUGACUGUGAUCUUCUUCUACACCUCUUGUGUGAGCUUCUUAGCUGCUAUCGUCAGCUUUUUCGCGGAACCGGACUCGACUAAAUGGAUAAUCAAACCUAGUAUUGCUUUGGCUUCUGUCUUAUGCUCGGGAGUUUUUGGGUGUUGCAUUAACAACGCUAUUCACGCGUGGGCAUUGCAUUUGAGAGGGCCUGUCUACGUAGCUAUGUUCAAGCCUUUGUCUAUAGCCAUUGCAGCUGCCAUGGGAGUUAUUAUUCUCGGCGACACUCUUUAUCUUGGAAGCAUAAUCGGAGCAUCGAUAAUAGCAAUUGGAUUCUACACUGUAUUGUGGGGAAAAGCGAAAGAGGAUUUUGGUGAAGUUGAUGUUGAUGAUAGAGAUAUGGAGUCAGCUGCACAAAAGUAUCCCUUAUUACAAAGUUACAAAACCCAAGUUAGGUGAUUAUAUAUAUGUACAAUUAAACAACAACUAUGUGUAGAUGUUAAUAUGUAUCUAAUUAUUAUUAUAUAUGUAUAAUUUGCUCUUGUUUGAGGAUUAUGAGAUCCUAAAUUUUCCCAUGAACAUGGAAUAGUUGAGUUUGGGGCUUGUGGAUUUGGGCUAGUUUGAACUGAUUGAAUAGGAUAUUAAUUGGGCUUGCCAAUUGUGUACGUUAAAAGAAAUUAUCUAUAAAGAUUUUCAAAAGUUUUUAUUUA